AUGAUUAGUGAAGUAGAUGCAGAUGGUAAUGGCCCGACUGACUUUCCUGAAUUUCUGACAAUGAUGACAAGAAAAAUGAAAGGGGCAGACAUUGAAGAAAAAACUAAACAAGCAUUUCAUAUGUUCGAUAAAUAUGCCAAUGGCUCUAUCAGUGCAGCUGAGCUUCACCAUGUGAUGACAAGCCUGAGACAGAAGCUAAAACUUGAAGAGGUUGAUGAAAUGAUCAAGGAGGCUGAUAUGAACGUGGAUGGAGAGGUGAACUAUGAGGAUGACAGCAAAGUAAAACAUUGUACAAAACAUGUCAAAUUUCUUGGACAAAAUUGUUUAUGUGCCUUCUCUUUGUAA